AUGGUUUACGGUUUAGUACGCCAACACGUGGAUCUUGGUCUUCGUCGAAAAUUCAUGUGGAACUUCAAGGUUGCAGAUGUUAAUGCAUCAAUUACGAGUAUUGGCAGUGAUUUUAUUCGUCACUAUGACUUGAUCAUCGAUCUAAUACGCAAUAAAUUAAUCGACAACAAGACAAAUCUCGAACCGACAUGUAUUAUUCACAAAGAGUUGAAUAUGCAGAUAAAAGCUUUCGACGUACAGUGUCCAUUCGCAAAGCUAUUCAAGGAAUUUAAGGACCUCACAAAAAUGAAUCUUGAUGGAAAAUCAGUAAAGACUGAGGUCUAUCACGUAAUCGAAACUCAAAGUCAACCCGUUACAGCUCGUGCUCGAAAGCUCGACCACAAACAACUUAAAGCCGCACGCACUGAAUUCGAAUAUCUGAUGCAAAUAGGCGUGUGUCGCCCUUCGAAGAGCAAUUGGGCUAGUCCGCUUCACAUGGUCCACAAUGCAGACGGCAAUUGGCGACCAUGUGGAGAUUACUCUGCGCUCAAUAAAAUAAUAAAAUCACCGUUCUAG